AAAAAAAAAAGGGGGAAAAUAAUUUACUCACAGGCUUACACAUACGUAAAUCGAUUAUUCGCAAUUAAUUCAACGCAUUUCAGGCUCUACAGAAUCCAGUUCCGAUUCCCAAUCACAACCAAUUCGGUUUUACCAGGAAUCCAAAUCCUCUAUUCAAAUCUAUCAUUUUCUGUGUCUUCGCUUUCUUGGCCGAUCAGCUUAACUUCGUCUCUUCCUGGUAAUAUUCGAAUCGGAUUCCACUCCACUUUUGGUAACAUGAUCCAAAAGGUUUGAUCUUGUUCACGGAUAAAACAAGAUUGCUAUCUGGGUGCAGUUCAGGAUCCACCGGAUUCUUUUUCGUGAUGGUGGGACUGAGCUGAUUCUUGGAGUUUCGUAGCAGGUUCCUGCUCUAUCAGUUGGCUUGAAUUCUGAUGCAAUCAAUUGAAGAGGAAGAGAAGCAGAAUAAUAAGAAUUUGAAGACAUUGAAGAGAUCAUUUCCUUUUGAUAAUAUGCCUGUGACUGACACAGUUACUCCACAAAAUUUUGAUGACUGUAUUCUUUUCCCGAUUGAAGAUAUAGUGCAAUCCCCAUUGCCUGGAUACUGUGCACCCACUUCAAUAAGCUUCAGUCCUGAUGAUACCUUCGUAACUUUUUUGUUCAGUCUUGAACAGACUUUAAAUAGGAAAGUCUUUGCUUUGGACCUUAAGAAUGGAAAGCAAGAGCUGUUUUUCAGUCCCCCGGAUGGUGGGCUUGAUGAGAGUAAUAUAUCACCAGAAGAGAAGUUGAGGAGGGAGAGGUCAAGGGAGCGUGGGUUGGGAGUGACACGCUAUGAAUGGGUCAAAAUGGGCUCAAAGAAGAAAGUUAUUAUGGUGCCUUUGCCUGCUGGGGUUUAUUUCCAGGAUUUCUCUUCUUCAAAACCAGAGCUCAAGCUUCCAAGCACAUCAGACUCACCAGUUAUUGAUCCACAUCUCUCCCCAGAUGGCACAAUGCUGGCGUAUGUUAAAGAUGGUGAAUUGCACGUUUUGAAUCUCCUUUACAAUGAAACAAAGCAAUUGACUUAUGGUGCCCUGGGAAAUGUAGUGACUCACGGGCUUGCCGAAUAUAUAGCUCAGGAGGAGAUGGAUAGGAAGAAUGGCUUCUGGUGGUCACUUGACAAUAAAUACAUUGCUUUCACAGAAGUUGAUUCUUCAGAGAUUCCUCUAUUUAGAAUUAUGCACCAAGGUAAAAGCUCUGUUGGUUCCGAUGCUCAGGAAGAUCACCCUUAUCCGUUUGCCGGAGCUUCAAAUGUCAAGGUACGCCUUGGAAUAGUUCCUGCUACUGGUGGUCCAGUUACUUGGAUGGAUCUUCUAUGCGGAGGAACAGACCAACCAAACAAUGAUGAGGAAUAUCUAGCUAGAGUCAAUUGGAUGCAUGGAAAUAUUUUAACAGCUCAGGUUCUGAAUAGGUCUCACACAAAACUGACAAUCCUUAAGUUUGACAUUAAGACUGGCCAAAGAAAAGUUAUACUGGUAGAACACAAUGACACAUGGAUUAAUUUACAUGACUGCUUUACACCUCUAGACAAAGGUGUCACCAAAUACUCUGGAGGAUUUAUCUGGGCCAGCGAGAAAACAGGAUUCAGACAUUUGUAUCUGCAUGAUACGAACGGGAAUUGUGUGGGACGUAUUACUGAAGGUGACUGGAUGGUCGAGCAAAUUGCUGGCGUAAAUGAGGCUGCAGGGCUUGUAUAUUUCACUGGUACUCUAGAUGGUCCUUUAGAAUCAAACCUUUACCGCUCUAAACUAUACCCAGCUGAGAACCAAAUCGAAAAGGCCCCAUUGAAAUUAACGCAGGGCAAGGGAAAGCAUGCGGUUGUUCUUGAUCACCAUAUGCUGAAUUUUGUUGAUAUUUUUGAUUCGCUUGAUGCAUCCCCUCGGGUUUUACUUUGCUCCUUACUUGAUGGAAGUGUGAUCUGCUCACUGUAUGAGCAGCCGAUCACUGCUCCAAUGUUUAAAAAGCUUCACGUUGAGCCUCCAGAGAUGGUUCAAAUACAGGCCAAUGAUGGGACAAUAUUAUAUGGGGCUUUAUAUAAACCAGAUCCAAUGCAAUUUGGACCUCCUCCAUACAAAACUAUGGUCAGUGUCUAUGGUGGCCCUGGUGUGCAGUGUGUGUGUAAUUCUUGGGUAAGUACAGUUGACAUGAGAGCACAGUAUUUACGCAGCAAAGGCAUCUUAGUAUGGAAGUUGGAUAACAGAGGAACAACUAGGCGGGGAUUAAAAUUUGAAGGUGCCCUUAAAAACAAUGCUGGCAGCAUCGAUGCUGAUGACCAGCGGACAGGAGCUGAAUGGCUCAUCAAACAAGGACUAGCUCAAGCUGGCCAUAUUGGGUUGUAUGGAUGGAGUUACGGUGGAUAUAUGUCAGCUAUGAUCCUAGCAAGGUUUCCUGAUGUGUUCUGCUGUGCUGUAUCUGGUGCUCCGGUUACAUCGUGGGAUGGAUAUGACUCGUUUUAUACUGAGAAGUACAUGGGAUUGCCAUCGGAGAACCGUGCAAGGUACGAGUGCAGCUCUGUGAUGCACCAUGUGCACAAGAUGAAAGGCAGAUUAUUACUUGUUCAUGGCAUGAUUGAUGAAAACGUGCAUUUUCGGCAUACUGCAAGGCUUAUUAAUGCGCUUGUGGCAGCCGCAAAGACUUAUGAACUACUGAUAUUUCCAGACGAACGUCACAUGCCCCGCCGUCACAGAGACCGAGUUUAUAUGGAAGAGAGGAUCUGGGAGUUCAUAGAGAGGAAUUUGUGAAGUAACUUUGUUCAUAUGUUGUGGUGGUAAAAGAAAAACAUGGUUCAUUUUUCUUUUUGUCCCUUUGUUUUCUGUUGUAUUUUCCACAUCUCAUGAUGUUAGGGGGUGCCUUUUUCUCUUAUGCUUAGGUGUUAUGUUUAGGAAAAAAUAAUGCUCCUCUCUCAUUGUAUUACGGAUUCUGCCAGUUUCAUCAAAUCAUAUGCAAAACACAAAAAGUGGUUUAUUUUGAA